ACUUCUGACGUUGAUCAUCCUACAAUCCUAUUCUUCCGACAAAAUGUUUCACUGCACCAAGAGGCUUCUUAACCUCACACGCACUCUCUCCACUGAGGCACGCGCCCAGAAGAUUGAACGCAUUGCAAAUGAGCUUCUUGACCUCAACAUGUUUGAAAGGCACGACUUUACUGUCCUCUGGAGGCUCAAGAUGGGUCUCCACCGCUACGGUGCUCCGGUGGCCGGGGACUCUCCAAUUGCUGUAGGGUCUCCGCCGGCCGAUGCGGAGGCUGCAGUUGAGAAGACAACAUUUGAUUUGAAGUUGGAGAAGUAUGAUGCUGCUGCCAAGAUCAAGAUCAUAAAGGAAGUGAGAGCUUUUACUGAUUUGGGGUUGAAGGAAGCUAAGGACUUGGUGGAGAAGGCUCCUUGUGUUUUGAAGAAGGGGAUCACCAAGGAGGAGGCUAAUCCCAUCAUUGAAAAACUUAGGGAGCUGGGUGCUGCAGUUGUAUUGGAUUGAUUGGUUACUUUUUUUUGGUUUUUGCUUUAGAAUUUUCUGUUAGUUGUAGAAUCAUUCAUGGCUUAUUUAAUGGUGAGGAUAAAUAAAGAAUUAUAUAUUUUG